AUGAAAUACGCACUCAUCUUCGCCGCCACGGCGGCAGCCUACGAUGCCUACGGCGGCGGCUAUGGCAGCGGCUAUGGCAGUGGAUAUGGAGUGCCCAAGAACUCCACCACCCCGGCCGCCAAACCGAGCACGUCGAGCACUUCCACCAAGCCUGCUGGGUAUACCACCAUCACCCCAGGCUACGGCAAGCCUCCGGUCACCGUGACUACAACGAAUCAGCCAUACCCUACCUGCGUAUCUGCAGGUGGCUAUGGUAGUAGCGAAUGCGCGCAGUGGAGCGAGAAGCCUUAUGUGUCCACGACCAUCAAGGACUACGACAACCACAACUGCACCAUCACGGACGCCGCUCAGCCUGUUGUUGUCUACCAUACCAAGACCACAAUCACCCACGAAGCUACCCCAGUCUCGACUCAAUCAGGUAGCUACCCUACUCCUACUGGACCUACCGGCAAGAACAGCACCGGCUGCUGGUAUGAGCUGUACGAGAAGAUUGUCGAAGUUCCUUACGACAAGCUCGGUUCUCACGUUCUUCCCGGUUACCUGGGCUCUGGUCUUUGCAAGUCAUGCGACACAGAGCAGCCCGUUCACGUCAAGGAGUGCAAGGGCGGAAAGUGUACUGAAUACGAUGAGGAGUACAUUUAUGGCGCUCCUAAGCCCGAUGUUACUACAUACUCGACAACCGGUGUCUACACUGUUCCUGGCGCGAAGACAACCAUGUCCGGCACCCAGGUCUACACUUACCCGGCUCAGACUGUCACUGUCACCAAGCCCGGCCAGGCAGUUACUUGCACGUACGAGCAAACCAAGACGCACCAGGCUACACCCACUCCGUACCAAGGCGGUAGCUACCCCGUUCAGCCUAACUCAGCAUCAAACCACGGCUCUAAUGUUACCCCCAAGCAGCCUGAGGGUCCGAACGGAUACCCAUCCUCUCCUGCUCAAUCCCCCCCGGCUGCGGCUCAUGGAAACUCUUACGGUUCCCCUCAGCAGCCCAAGGGUCAGAAUGAAUACCCAUCCUCUCCUGCUCAAUCCCCCCAGGCUGCGGCUCAUGGAAAUUCUUACGGUUCCCCUCAGCAGCCCAAGGGUCAGAACGAGUACCCGUCCUCGCCUGCCGGGAACUUCGCCAGCUCACGAGAAAGAGCUACGGCAACACCACGCCUUCCACUCCUAAGCAGCCUGAGAACGGCCAGAGCAACUAUCCAUCCUACCCCUACUUCUUCCGGAGCACGCCCAAUCUUCCUCGGUCGUAGGUGGUUACCCAGGUACUGUCCCUGCGGGUCACUCGGCUUCCAUGGCUACCGUUUCCAAGGCAUCUUCAACUCCCUGCACGAAGUCUCGCUCGUCUUCUGCCGCGCACGCCACGUCCUCCGUCCACGCCACGUCCUCCGUCCACAGCAGCGUAGUGUACAGUCAGUCUACAUCUAG